UUUGCCUCUGGUAAACGCUGCCCUCGGUUUAGCGCCAGACCCUGGAACGAUACCUUGUGCAAAAUGAGGCAGAUAUUUUGUGGGAAUGUUAAAUCGAGGGUUGAUUGAGAGUGCCUGAUGGACGCUGGGGCAGGACAGCAGUGCAGCAAAGGAUCAGAUCAGAGCAGCCAGCAGCUGCCGACAGAGUCUCCCACUCCUCACACAGGCAGUGCGGUAAGGAUAGGGGGAGGGAGGUGGGUAUCUGUUUCUUUGGGUGUAAAGAACACGCCUGGUUGUCCUGCCCUGACUGACGCCAAAUACCAUAUCUAUCAGUGAGCAGCCUGUGUGCAAUGUCACUCAGAGACAUAUCAGUGCAGAGUCCGAGAGUCGACGGGAGUUCGAGACUGAGGCGGUGAGAGAGAGAGAGAGAGAGAGACCUCGUGUCCGGGAUAAGGAACGGACGGACGGCUUUGUGUGGCUCAGCGUCAGGGGAGGAUGUGAGACAUCGACAAUAUGAGCCUGUGGGCGCGCGAGUGCGUACUGACCGCCUUCCUGUUCCUCCAGCUGCCGACCUGCAUCCUCUCAGAGACCGACGGUUCCACUCCGACUGUGUCCGCCGUCUCCCGGGCAGUGGUGCCGGUGGAGGAGAACGCGGUCAGCGAGUUUACCUGCCGGGUGCACGGUUGGAAGUCGGAGCCGGUGGUCACCUGGUACCUGGACGGUGUGAAGCAGGAGAGUGACGGGGCUGUGAUGGUGCCAGACGCCACCAACCAUAGCCGCAACACCUUCGUAGUGACCGCACGACGGAGGGACAAGGAGCUGAACUGCUCGGCCACCGACCCCGAGACCGGGAUAACACACAACGCCAGCCUCAUCCUGGAUGUGCAGUUUAAGCCUGAGGUGGUUGAGAUGAACGCUGAGUACAGAGAGGACAACUCCUCGGGUCUGUUCCUCGUCCUCUUUGUCCUGGUCAGAGCCAACCCCCCCGCCAACAUCACCUGGGCAGACGAGAGCGGCCAUGUGGUCGUCAACACCUCCAACUUCAUGAUCAUGGACACCAAGAGCUACCCCUGGCUGACCAACCACACUGUCCACGUCCAGCUGUCCAGCCAGCCUCGGAACUACUCCUUCACCGCCGGCAACGAUUUUGGGGUCACCCACUCCUCCAUCCCCUCGCCUGGCUUCCUGGAGGCCAGUGUCGAGGUGCCUCUGAUGGUCAUCCUGGUCGGGGGGGUGCUGGGGCUCCUCACCAUCCUCUUCCUCAACGUCCUCGUGCUCUGCGUCGUCAACAGGAGACAGAAGCCUCUCGACUUAAAACCAGCUGCUAACUCGCUGCUUCUAAGAGACCCCGUGAGCGUUAAGUGUGAGGACAGGCGGUUCCCGAGAGACUACCUCUCACUCCCGUCACACCUUCACCUCCAGCAGAGCCUGGACACCAACUGCCCCCCACUCCCGGAGGUCAGGGUGGUGGCCUGGCCAGAGAGAGACCCUCCAUCCGAUCAGGACAGCUCCAUCAGCAUCGAGUCUAAAGGUUUUGUUCGUUUCCCGAUGUACGGAUUUAUCUACAAAGUCUCCAGCCUGAGUAGUGAUGAGAUCUGGCUCUGAGCUCCCCCGCCACCCC